AUGACCAUCACGAAUCACAGCACAGUGACAGAAUUCAUUCUCCUAGGGUUCACAGACCGCCGGGAGCUGCAGCCUCUCCUCUUUGUGCUGUUUCUGGUUGUUUACCUUGUCACCCUCAUAGCCAACCUGGGCAUAAUAGUGCUUAUCCGACUGGACUCUCGCCUCCACACUCCCAUGUACUUCUUUCUCACUAGUUUAGCCUUUGCAGACGCAUGCUACACCACAAAUGCAACCCCUCAGAUGCUGAUUAACUUCUUAUCAGAGAGGAAGACCAUCACUUUCUAUGGAUGCUUUACACAGUGUUGCAUUUUUAUUGCACUUCUUCUUAUUGAUUGUUACUUGCUGGCAGCCAUGGCCUAUGACCGCUAUGUUGCCAUUUGCAAACCUCUGCACUACAGUGUGAAAAUGUCCAGGGGUGUCUGCAUCUGCCUGGCCACGCUGCCUUUUGUCUAUGGCUUCUCCGAUGGACUGUUCCAAACCAUUCUGACUUUCCGCUUGGACUUUUGUAGAUCCAAUGUCAUCAACCACUUCUACUGUGCUGACCCACCUCUCAUCAAGCUCUCUUGCUCUGAUACUUAUCUCAAAGAACAUGCCAUGUUUGUCUCAUCUGGGUUCAACCUAUGUUGCUCCCUCACCAUCAUCCUAGUGUCCUACGUCUUCAUUAUUGCUGCUAUUCUCAGGAUGAAAUCAGCAGAGGGAAGACGCAAGGCAUUCUCCACCUGUGGUUCCCACAUGGUAGCUGUCACCCUCUUUUAUGGGACUCUGUACUGUAUGUAUGUAAGGCCACCCACCGAUAAGACUGUGGAGGAAUCUAAAAUAAUAGCUGUCUUCUUCUCCUUUGUAAACCCAUUACUUAAUCCAUUGAUCUAUAGUCUUCGAAACAAAGAUGUGAAGCAAGCUUUCAAGAAUGUCUUCAAACAAAGGUGGUCAAUAAGAUGA